AUGGAGAAGACCGAUGCGACGGCGCAGCCACCAGGCGCCAGGGCAGCGCGGGAUUCGCCCCUGAUCGAGCCCUGCGAGAACGAGGCCCGGUAUCGAGGCGCCGUUGUGGUGCUCUCUCUCGGUUUCUGCGGCGUUUUCGGGGGCUUCCAAGCGGCGCAGGGCUUGCAGACCUCGCUGAACGCCACGCUGGGCGGCCUCAACCUGGCCUGCCUCUACGGCGUCUUCACGCUGCUGUGUCUGGUGGCUCCACCCCUGCUCGCCGGGCUCGAGCGCUUCGUGGGCCUGAGGCUGGUGAUGUCCCUGUCCGCCCUGGCAUAUGUGGCGAUGGUGCUUGCGAACGUGAUCGACACCUCGGGCGGCCCGUCCGCCAUCUGGGCGGUGCCGAUCACCAUGAACGUGCUCGUCGGGGCGGCCGCGCCCCUGCUGACUUGCCAGAACGACUACCUGUCCCGCUGCGCUUGGUGGGCCGCGCACUGCGCGGCACCUGGUGGCGACGAGCACCGCGCCCCAGCCGCGGAGACAACCACCCGCUUCAAUCCCAGCUCUUCUUCUCCAUUUACCAGACCUCUGGGAUGA